UUUCUGUAUUUCUAAAUAUCGCCCUCACAUUCUCUCCGCGGAGAACCUUCUAGAAAGACAACGCCUCUCCACCGCCAUCACUCUGCACCUAACGUUCGCGUCCUCCUCGGUUGAUCGUCUCGUUGAUUGAUCUGACAAACUGGUGGACAUCAGAGGGGUUGGAUCGGCAGGAGUCGAAGAUUUUUCGUCGAGUUGUUGUUUUUGCACAUCGCUGCAUCUCAAAUGCCUGUAUAAUGUUAAAGGUUAUUUGAGAAUUUUUUUGGAGCGCCAUUGUUAGAAUACAGGCACCAGGCUUUGUCGUGUUUCUUAGAUUGUACGCACGUUUGUGUGGGUUUUUGCCUGAUUUAAUUACUUGUUCUUUAUUGGCUUUUUGUCGGUUUAAUGCGAUUGUAUUAUCGAGAGUGUUGAUCGUGUCGAGAAUGGUUUUGAGAUAUUGUUCUGAUCUUGUGAUUUGCAGUACCGCAUUCGAGUUUUAGUUUUACCUCAUUAAUUAGGGUUGGAAGCAGCGGCAUAUUUGUUUUUAUGUGAUAUGAGCGGUGAAGGCACGGCGGCCAGCGGCGGCGGGAGUAGCGGAGGAGGUGAAUCACAGAGGUCAAUUCCGACGCCGUUUUUGACGAAAACUUAUCAGCUAGUGGACGAUCCUUCCGUCGAUGAUUUAAUCUCGUGGAAUGAAGAUGGAACGACGUUCAUCGUCUGGCGACCAGCCGAAUUUGCCCGAGAUUUGUUACCUAAAUAUUUCAAGCACAACAAUUUUUCCAGUUUUGUACGCCAGCUUAAUACUUAUGGAUUUCGAAAAAUAGUUCCAGAUAGGUGGGAAUUCGCGAACGAUUACUUCAGAAGAGGCGCAAAGUCGUUACUCAGAGACAUCCAACGGCGGAAAAUCCAUAGUACCACCGUGACAUCGUCGCCUGCCGCCGCCGUAGUGACGGUAGCUGUGCCACCGGCGUCUGCCGCACAAAUAUCUCCAACAAAUUCCGGCGAGGAACAAGUCCUAUCAUCGAACUCAUCCCAGGCAGGCACUGCAGCAACCACCACUCAACCAUCGCUGCGGCCUUGCGCAUCAAAUUCAGAAUUAUUAGAAGAGAACGACAGGCUAAGAAGAGAGAACUCGCAGAUGAGCCAGGAACUGUUCCAGCUGAGGAAUCUGUGCAAAAACAUAUGCAAUGUUCUGUCUAGCUAUGCUGCAAAUCGAGGCGAAACGAAGCUGACGGAUGGGAUCGGGAUAGCAUUCAUGCCGGAGACCCCUACCACGGCGGACGGCGGCGGAAAGUCUGUUGAGGAAGAGCAGACAUGCCCUAGAAUAUUCGGCGUAUCGAUCGGCGGCAAGCGCUUGAAGAGGGGCGAUGACCGGCUGCCGCCGGGGGGUCUGGAGAUCAAAUCAGAGCCGUUGGAUCUUGUGUGCCGUAAGAAUCAUGACCCUCCAACUGCAUGAUGUGAUAAUUUAUUAAUUUUGAAGGGGUAUAAUAGGAAUAGGAUGGAUAUAUGAGGAAUGUAUUUAUUUAAUAUGUCCAGUAGAGUUGUUUUUGUGGGGUCAAUCAAUUAAGCGACGCGUUCAAUGUAUUUUGUUUGUCACUAAUUAUCUGCACUAUUAAUUAUAUAAUACGCGAUUAAAAAAGCAAAUUAAAAAAAAUAAAACUGUGUUCUAAAUUAAAGAAAUCGAACUUUAUAUAAUUAUAUAUAUUUGUUUAGCUGGUAUAGAAUGGGAACCAAAUUGUUUUUGAUGUGGGCCUUG